ACCAAGAUGUUACGUGUUUGAUGCUCCAGGUGACACCUACAUCCUUGAUGCUGCCGUGUCACACCUGAAGGCCAAGGGCACGAGUUUGAUGCUCCACAUGACACCUAGCACAGCCUUGAUGCGGCCGUGUCAUACACAGAAGCCUUGUCCAUCUCUCCGGCCAGCUCACGUGUCAUCACACAGCUCCCACACCCACCGAACAAACAUACUCAUACUCCCCUUCAUCACUAUAUAAAACCUAUCCGGGCCUCCCGUCUCAUCUCAGUCCCAAGAUCAACGCCGAGACGAUCAUCACUACACGGCCUCAAGUCACCACCAGCCAUUGUUGAUCAGCAAAUUAAACCCAGCUCGAUCGAGCUAGCAAUGGAGUUCAUGCUCGGCGACCCGGCGUUCUCGGCGGCGGUGCAGCACCUGAUGGAGCUGCCGGACGAGCUGGAGCGGCAGCUGAACGCGCCGACGCGGGCCUACGUGCGCGACCGCAGGGCCAUGGCCAACACGCCCAUGGACGUCAAGGAGCUGCCGUCGGGGCACAUCGUCCUGGCCGUCGACAUGCCCGGGGUCAGCCUCGCCGACGUCAAGGUCCAGGUGGAGGACGGCAACGUGCUCGCCAUCAGCGGCGAGCGCAAGCGCCCCGCCGAGGACUGCGGCGCCGACGCCGAAGCCGACGCCACGCAGAAGCAGCAGCAGCAGCAGCAGCAGCAGGCGGCCGACGGCGGCAAGCAGAAGCAGCAGGCCGGCGCCGGCGCCGGCGAGCAGCAGCAAGGGGUGGUGAAGUACCUGAGGAUGGAGAGGCGGAUGGGCAAGUUCAUGAGGCGGUUCCCGCUGCCGGAGAGCGCCGACCUGGACAGCAUCCGCGCCGAGUACAAGGACGGCGUGCUCACCGUCAUCGUCGACAAGAAGCCCCCGCCCGAGCCCAAGAAGCCGCGCGUCGUCCAGGUCACGGUCGGCGGCGAGCAGCAGGGCAAGUAAGGAGGCGACAUCAUAUACGUACCGUGACCGCGAUGCUCGUCCAUCUCAGCUGGAUAUGGCGGGUGACGAGCGAAUAACAGUGUGAGGGUGUGAUGCUUUGUUGUGCUUGGUAGCCAUGGUACAUGGCUGCAUGCUUACAUAGUUA